GCAGCCACUCACCGCCGGAUCUCUGACACCCCGGCCGUUGCGGCCUCCUCCGCACACUUCGGGGCCGCUCCUGCCCCCUGGGGAUGCUCUGGGCUCAGGCGGAUGUCCACUCUGGUACCCCCGGGUGCGGACUCCAAAGCCUGCCAGUGCCGGCCCCCUUCCCCUACGCAUUCCUCUACCGUAAGGCAGGGCGCCUCCACCCCGCCCCCUCCGCCAGUCCCGGGGAGGGGAAGGGGGCGGGCAGCGCAGGGGGUGUGACAGCUCCCGCCCGGACCGGUGCCAGCGCAGCCUUGCUUCAGCGCCCGGUGCCAGCUGGCUCCUUCGUCUGAGACGAAGGCGGAGGCUCGGGGCUCCUUGUCGCCGGUGGCUGGGUGGCGUCCCCCCACCACGCCCCCACCCCUCUGCUCACCCAAGAGGAGCCUCUCCACCGAGCCCUGCAUCCUGCUGCCCUGGCAGCCAGUCCAGCUAGGCACUGGCCCAGUUCACUGUACCUGGACUUACCCACUGGCACCCUCCGGAUCCCCUUAUCAAAGCUGAUGGGGGUCGCUGGGGACCCCCCAGCCUUUUGCUAGAGCCUGCACGGCUGUGCGAGCUUGAAAAGAAACAUGAAGGUGGGCUGGCCAGGUGAGAGCUGCUGGCAGGUGGGCCUGGCUGUGGAGGAUAGCCCAGCUCUGGGAGCACCGCGGGUGGGAGCCCUCCCUGACGUGGUGCCGGAGGGGACACUACUCAACAUGGUGUUGAGAAGGAUGCACCGGCCCCGAAGCUGCUCCUACCAGCUGCUGCUGGAGCACCAGCGUCCGAGCUGCAUCCAGGGGCUGCGCUGGACACCACUCACCAACAGCGAGGAGUCCCUGGAUUUCAGCGAGAGCCUGGAGCAGGCCUCCACAGAGCGGGUGCUCAGGGCUGGGAGGCAGCUGCAUCGGCAUCUGCUGGCCACCUGCCCAAACCUCAUCCGAGACCGGAAGUACCACCUUAGGCUCUAUCGGCAGUGCUGCGCUGGCCGGGAGCUGGUGGAUGGGAUCUUGGCCCUGGGACUUGGGGUCCAUUCCCGGAGCCAAGUUGUGGGAAUCUGCCAGGUGCUGCUGGAUGAAGGUGCCCUCUGCCAUGUGAAACACGACUGGGCCUUCCAGGACCGAGAUGCCCAAUUCUACCGGUUCCCCGGGCCCGAGCCCGAGCCCGUGGGAACUCAUGAGAUGGAGGAGGAGUUGGCCGAAGCUGUGGCCCUGCUCUCCCAGCGGGGGCCUGACGCCCUGCUCACUGUGGCACUUCGAAAGCCCCCAGGUCAGCGCACGGAUGAAGAGCUGGACCUCAUCUUUGAAGAGCUGCUGCACAUCAAGGCUGUGGCCCACCUCUCCAACUCGGUGAAGCGAGAAUUAGCGGCUGUUCUGCUCUUUGAACCACACAGCAAGGCAGGGACCGUGUUGUUCAGCCAGGGGGACAAGGGCACUUCGUGGUACAUUAUCUGGAAGGGAUCUGUCAACGUGGUGACCCAUGGCAAGGGGCUGGUGACCACCCUGCAUGAGGGAGAUGAUUUUGGACAGCUGGCUCUGGUGAAUGAUGCACCCCGGGCAGCCACCAUCAUCCUGCGAGAAGACAACUGUCAUUUCCUGCGUGUGGACAAGCAGGACUUCAACCGUAUCAUCAAGGAUGUGGAGGCAAAGACCAUGCGGCUGGAAGAACAUGGCAAAGUGGUGCUGGUGCUGGAGAGAGCCUCUCAGGGCGCCGGCCCUUCCCGACCCCCAACCCCAGGCAGGAACCGGUAUACAGUGAUGUCUGGCACCCCAGAGAAGAUCCUAGAGCUUCUGUUGGAGGCCAUGGGACCAGAUUCCAGUGCUCAUGACCCAACAGAGACAUUCCUCAGCGACUUCCUCCUGACCCACAGGGUCUUCAUGCCCAGCGCCCAACUCUGCGCUGCCCUUCUGCACCACUUCCAUGUGGAGCCUGCGGGUGGCAGCGAGCAGGAGCGCAGCACCUACGUCUGCAACAAGAGGCAGCAGAUCUUGCGGCUGGUCAGCCAGUGGGUGGCCCUGUAUGGCUCCAUGCUCCACACUGACCCUGUGGCCACCAGCUUCCUCCAGAAACUCUCAGACCUGGUGGGCAGGGACACCCGACUCAGCAACCUGCUGAGGGAGCAGUGGCCAGAGAGGCGGCGAUGCCACAGGUUGGAGAAUGGCUGUGGGAAUGCAUCUCCUCAGAUGAAGGCCCGGAACUUGCCUGUUUGGCUCCCCAACCAGGACGAGCCCCUUCCUGGCAGCAGCUGUGCCAUCCGAGUUGGGGAUAAAGUCCCCUAUGACAUCUGCCGGCCAGACCACUCAGUGUUGACCCUGCAGCUGCCUGUGACAGCCUCCGUGAGAGAGGUGAUGGCAGCGUUGGCCCAGGAGGAUGGCUGGACCAAGGGGCAGGUGCUGGUGAAGGUCAAUUCUGCAGGUGAUGCCAUUGGCCUGCAGCCAGAUGCCCGUGGUGUGGCCACAUCUCUGGGGCUCAAUGAGCGUCUCUUUGUUGUCAACCCACAGGAAGUGCAUGAGCUGAUCCCACACCCUGACCAGCUGGGGCCCACUGUGGGCUCUGCUGAGGGGCUGGACCUGGUGAGUGCCAAGGACCUGGCAGGCCAGCUGACGGACCACGACUGGAGCCUCUUCAACAGUAUCCACCAGGUGGAGCUGAUCCACUAUGUGCUGGGCCCCCAGCAUCUGCGGGAUGUCACCACCGCCAACCUGGAGCGCUUCAUGCGCCGCUUCAAUGAGCUGCAGUACUGGGUGGCCACCGAGCUGUGUCUCUGCCCCGUGCCCGGCCCCCGAGCCCAGCUGCUCAGGAAGUUCAUUAAGCUGGCGGCCCACCUCAAGGAGCAGAAGAAUCUCAAUUCCUUCUUUGCCGUCAUGUUUGGCCUCAGCAACUCGGCCAUCAGCCGCCUAGCCCACACCUGGGAGCGGCUGCCUCACAAAGUCCGGAAGCUGUACUCCGCCCUCGAGAGGCUGCUGGAUCCCUCAUGGAACCACCGGGUGUACCGACUGGCCCUCGCCAAGCUCUCCCCUCCUGUCAUCCCCUUCAUGCCCCUUCUUCUCAAAGACAUGACCUUCAUUCAUGAGGGAAACCACACACUAGUGGAGAAUCUCAUCAACUUUGAGAAGAUGAGAAUGAUGGCCAGAGCCGCGCGGAUGCUGCACCACUGCCGAAGCCACAACCCUGUGCCUCUCUCACCACUCAGAAGCCGAGUUUCCCACCUCCACGAGGACAGCCAGGUGGCGAGGAUUUCCACAUGCUCGGAGCAGUCCCUGAGCACCCGGAGUCCAGCCAGCACCUGGGCUUAUGUCCAGCAGCUGAAGGUCAUUGACAACCAGCGGGAACUCUCCCGCCUCUCCCGAGAGCUGGAGCCAUGAGGAGGGGCUGGGACUGGAGCUGGAGCAGGCACUUGCAGCCAGGAAAGCCAGGGUGUGCCGGGCCAAGAUACUCACAGGCUGGCCACAGCUGGGCAAGGCUCUCCGUGGAGUGGACUCGAGUCCCUGGAGCAGGCAGUGUGGAGGCAGCCAUCCCCUGUGAUGACUGGCAGCUAAGGAGGACCUCGGAGUGGACCCGAGCCAGGAAUAACGAAUGACCCAAGGCCAAGGAAGGGAGGACAGAGAGGCCCCAGGAGUGGGUGGAGAGUGGAGUGCGCUGGGACGUUGUGUGCAAUAGAGAGCUCUCCACACCA